CGCAAAUCUGUAUGAAUUUCCCAGCUAUGAAUAGUCCCUCAGAAAAUGAUGUGGCAGCCUUCAGUGAUGAAAAACAAGCUUCCUCACCGAGUGGUGAUGAGGUGAACAGAGAGAGAGAGAGCUCCAGCAGCAGCACUCUCUCCCCGCCGCCCACACUCCCUGGACCGGACGCUCUGCAGGCAGCUGGAUCGGGAUGCGUCCGUCUCCUGGUGCUGCUUGAGAUGAAGAUAAGACGACGACGGUGAAGUGGCGGCGGUGCUCGUUUAGCGGUGAAUGCGUUCCUCCUCGGUGCGAUCUGAGCAAAACGCAGCGGGUUAAAACCGCCCAACAGUCAGAGAGGAUCCGGGUUUCAGCCACACUGUCUGUCUGCUGUCAACUGUUGCUUAUUUCCUCUGUAAAUGAAUCUUGUAAGGUUUAUGAACAACCGUGUUCCUCCUAACAAGAGAUACCAGCCCACUGAAUAUGAGCAUGCUGCCAACUGUGCCACGCAUGCGUUAUGGAUAAUCCCCAGCCUACUGGGCAGCUCAGUGUUGCACUUCCAGUCAGAGGACCAAUGGGAGCGGCUGUCUGCCUGGGUUUAUGGGGCGGGGCUCAGUUCGCUCUUCAUCAUCUCGACUCUUUUCCAUACCGUGGCCUGGAAGAAGAGCCACCUACGGUCUGUGGAGCACUGUUUCCACAUGUGUGACAGGAUGGUGAUCUAUUUCUUCAUUGCUGCCUCCUAUGCCCCUUGGUAAACAACCCACUAAGUCU